AAGAAGCGCGGCGUGUUGUCAUUGUGACGUACCCUUUAUUCUGGAAUAAAUGUCAGUUGUCCAACAAAAAGAUAAACACUUUGUCUUUAUGAAUCAGCCUAGUUGUGUGCCAUUCUCAUACAAUAGAGGGGACCGUAGGGUUAAAAACUCAAAAAAUAUUUAAAUCGGGGAGUUGCAUUUUUAAAGAAAGUUAAUUUAACGACUUUAUACUUCGGUAACCUGGGUCAGAUAUCUUAAUUUUGCAUUUAAAGGUCAGAGAACCCAGGCACGAACUGGACCAGUCCAAACGGCACUAUAAAACUCCUUCCCAAUAUUUAACACAUCCCAGUCUGGUGAGGUGAGGAGAGUAAAUAUGGAACCAAAUGAAGAAGUGUCAACACCUGCAUCCCCAAAGUCUGAAAAACUGGACUGCACUUCUCCAGAAAGUGUUGAAAAUAAAGAUCUUUCUGAAACAUUAAGCAAGGUACAAGAAGAAUGUAGUAGGAUGGGAAUCGCAGGUUCAGCUUAUGUGGGCACUCCACUUUCUGAUGACCACUUCACUUGUCCAAUAUGCCUGGAUUUAUAUGUGAACAUUGUCAGCAUUCCCUGUGGACAUAAUUAUUGUAAGAGCUGUGUUGAAAUAUACUGGAAAGAGCGCAAUAUAUUCACUUGCCCAGUGUGUAAAGCUAGAUUUUUUAGAAGGCCUAAUCUUAAUGUUAAUAAAGGCUUUUCUGAAAUUGUGGAAGAAUUUAAAAAACGAAGGUCCCUCUUUCCAGAAAAAAAUCUUGCUGGACAGGGAGAUGUAGGCUGCGAUGUCUGUACCGGCAUUAAAUUCAAGGCCUUGAAAUCCUGUUUGGUAUGUGUGACUUCCUACUGUGAAGACCACAUCCGGCACCAUGAGAAAGAGGCCCUGAAGUGGCAUACGCUGGUAUCCCCAGUAAAGAACCCUCAGGAAUGGCUUUGCAAGCUACAUAAGAGGCCAUUAAUGUUCUUCUGUAAAACUGACCAGGUGUGCAUUUGUAGAAUUUGCAAUGAAUACGUCCAUCAAGGCCAUGAAACAGUUGCGGCAGAUGUAGAGUGGAGACAAAGAAAGAAGCAGAUUGGAAAUCUCCAGACAAUAAUAAGGAAAAGGCAAGUUGCAGGAAUGAAGAAAAUUGCUGAACUGAAUGGAGAUUUAUUAUCAAUAAAAGACUCUGCCCUGGCUGAAGCUAACAAGCAUCUAGAAGAGUCCCUCCGUGCCAUUGAGAGGGCAAGAGCAGAGAUACUUGCCAGAAUUGAAGUGAAAAGAAAGGAACAAGAGGAUCGUGCUGGUGAAUUUAUUGAAAAGAUUGAGCAAGACAUUGUUGAGCUGGAGAAGAAAAAAACGGAGUUUGAGAAACUUCUAGAGGCAGAGGACCACAUUUCAUUCUUGCAGAACUUCAAGUUUGAUUACAAACUUCCAGAAGACAGAGAUCUCUCCAUUAUGAAGCUUAACAAAAGCAUAUUUAAAGGGAUAGGAAAAGAUGGUCCAUUUACAGGAGGAUUUUAAGUGCUUAUCAGCUUAAUGGUGGGCUCAGUCCAUUCGUUUCUUCAGUACUGGGAAAUCUCAUACAGCCUGCUAAUAACUGAACUCAAAAGAAAUCUUAUUGUGCCUGAAAAUGCCACACGUUCUCUCAACUAGACCCUCAAAGGCAAUCUGCCAUCGUCCAUCCUCUCGUGCCUUUAAGCCUUCUCUCGUGUUAACCGUUUCCAUGAUGUGAACCUUCAGCUAAUCAGUCUUACAUUUUAGGGUGGGCAGCUUCUCUUAUGAAGAGUUUUAUUUUUUUUUGCAGGUCUUCUUAACAUUUGCUAACACAUGAAUGAUGUGAUUUUUUUCAACCUAAAGGUGUCAUUAGAUAUUUUUAAGUCAUUUAGUAGCCUUGCCAUUGCUCUGUCCCAAACAAUAUGAUUAAAAAGUGUUGUAAUUGUAAAGGUGAGAGUGAAAUGUAUGCAAAUACCCUUAAAGUCUGCAAUGUGCACUUUAAUCACAUCUAAAUUGUUUGAUUUGUAACCGUGGAGCAGCGGAGUAAAUCAAGUCUUUGUCCCAAACAUAAUGGAGGACAGUGUGCAUUGCUGUUGUAAGUCACUUCGCUUGAAGAAAUUAAAAACUGCUUAGUGAACAAUAAGUAAUAAACUUUUUCAAGUAAUACUAGAUAUUGUAUACACUUGG